CAAGAUGGCGACAUCACCUUCCUCUCUCCGAAGUCAACAACCGGAUUGUGGCUGGCAGAGCGGAGCGAAAAGUGGGGGAACGAACAGAACGGAAGGAGAGGAAGGAGGAGGAAGGAACAAACGCGGCAGCGGCGGUCGAAGGAGAAGGAAGGAGGGGAAGAGAGAGACGAAGGAAGAGAGAGCGACGAAGGAAGAGACGCGUCAAAAAUUAAAAGGAGCAAAGUCGACCCUCGGAACGUUGGGCGGACGUUGGAGCCGGCUGCACCUCUUUCUCGACUGGAUACAUAAAGUACUGCUGUUUUCUCUGCGAAUGGGAUAGUCAUGCGAGAGAUUUCUACUACAUUGGAGCCUGGGGGGAAAGGUAUUCAGCAUCCACCACUUGUUGAAUCAAGGAAGAUUUUGUUACCACCCGUACACAUCAAGCUGGGUCUGAUGAAGAACUUUGUCAAAGCCAUGGACAAAACACAUCUAAAAAACCUGACGCUUCCUCUGCAAAAUUGUUCUGAUGGAGCAAAGGGACUCAGUGCAGCUCGGUACAAAAAUGCAACAAUGCGACCAGUAUGCAAACACAACGGAUCGUACUGGAAAUUUGAGACGGCACCAAAGAACUCACACAGGAGAGAAAACCUUCAAGUGCAGUGUGUGUGGGAAGGCAUUUUCAUCUUCAUCUAAUCUUAAACAACACCAGAUAGCACAUAUAGUAGAGAAACCUUUCAAGUGCACUGUGUGCGAGAAGACGUUUGCACGGUCAGCACAUCUUCAAAGACACCAGAGAGCACACACAGGAGAGAACCCAUUCAAGUGCAGUGUGUGUGGGAAGGCAUUUUCAUGUUCAUUUACUCUUAAACAACACCAGAUAACACAUACAGGAGAGAAACCUUUCAAGUGCACUUUGUGUGAGAAGGCAUUUACACGGUCAUCAAAUCUUCAGAGCCACCAGAGAACUCACACAGGAGAGAAACCAUUCAAGUGCACUCUAUGCGGGAAGGCGUUUGCACGGUCAUCAGUUCUUCAGAGCCACCAGAGAACUCACACAGGAGAGAAACCCUUCAAGUGCACUGUCUGUGAGAAGGCAUUUGCAUGGUCAUCAUUUCUUCAGAUCCACCAGAGAACUCACACAGGAGAGAAACCCUUCAAGUGCACUGUAUGUGAACAGGCAUUUGCACAGUCAUCAGCUCUUCAGACCCACCAGAGAACACACACAGGAGAGAAACCCUUCAAGUGCAGUGUGUGUGGGAAGGCAUUUUCAUCUUCAUUUACUCUUAAACAACACCAGAGAAUACAUACAGGAGAAAACCCAUUCAAGUGCAGUGUUUGCGGGAAUGCAUUUUCAGAUUCAUCUACUCUUAAAACACACCAGAGAACACACACAGGAGAGAAACCCUUCAAGUGCAGUGUGUGUGGAAAUGCAUUUUCAGAUUCAUCUACUCUUAAAACACACCAGAGAACACACACAGGAGAGAAACCAUUCAAGUGCAUUGUGUGUGGGAAGGCGUUUACACAGUCAUCAAAUCUUAAAACACACCAGAGAACACACAGUCAUCAGAAGAAGGAGUGGAGUUUGAAAUCGGCUUGUGAACGUCAAAGUGCUGCAAUGAGCCCAUCCCUCAUGAAACAAGAACCAGAAGCAAAUCUCAGCUUGGACACUUAUAAAGGAAUCGAGGUGAAAUAUGAAAAAGUGAAUUUGAAAUUUGAAGAAGUGAUAGUGAAGAGCGAAAAAGUGAAGGUUAAAUGUGAAGAUGAAGAUUCAACUCCAAUAUUGGACCUUCACAUCGAUGGAGGCAACGUGAAGCAGGAGGAGAAUGCAGAGCGAGGCAACUCCCAUCAGUUUGUGGAAGUGGAGGUGUGGGUGGACUUCUUAGACAGUACAAAGUCAAAUGGAGACCAGGUAGAUGUGCAAACUUGAUACAAUGAUACUCCAAUAGAUUCACCUUUGUCACAGGCCUUUCAUGAAAAGAAUGUGAAGUUGAACACUCAAUUCCUAGGUUCAACCUGCAAAGUAAGAGCAGCCAGUAUUUGUGGACCUGUGGGUUGGGUAGAUCUCUAACCAGGAGCGAGAGCCAAUAAGCUCCCAAGCAUUCACUAUGUUAUAAUAUUUGCAUUUAUAUGGUGCUUGCUUAAUUGCCUCAGUAAUUCGGAGUUUCGUAUCAUUUCAUCACAAACACUCGAAGAGAAUCCCCAAGCGGCAGCUGCCCCUGUGUGGCAUAAGGUGGCCCUGCAUCAGCCGGCAUGUGGGAAUGAGUCUUUCAGUAGGGAGCGAUGAUUGAUGUGUAAUCUCAGUUGUGUAAUACUGGUCUAUACGUUUUUUAGACGUCUUCUGCUUUAGAGAUGAAAUGUGCUGUUUAUUAUGGAGUUUUACGCGCCGAUUCAAAUAUGACAAUUAAAACAACUGAUUGUCUACUGUUCCCAAGAUAUUUAAGUUUUUACAUUAUACGUCUGUAUAUUCUGUUGAUCGUAGAGUUUUACUCAUAAAUUGUAAACCUCGGUCUUUUAAUAUAUUUAAUGUUGCUUUACAUGGUCACAUGUCACCUGUCUUGUUCAUGUGACACUUACAAAUCAGUAAAAAGGAUAUAUAACUCUAAUUAUGAAACGAAAGGAAAAACUAUUAUGUGUAUAAAAUCACAAAGUUACGUCCUUAUUCAGUGUCUACUUGGUGCCUCUUGGCUUGUCUCUUGUAUCCAUUAAAUGGAGCAUCUCUUGUCACUGUCCAGCAAUAGUCUGCAAGCAUUGAUGGGCUCCCUUUGCCCUGAUACCGUUUCUCUAUUGUUGCAAUGUCCUGGUGAAAUCGCUCGCCAUUCUCAUCGCUCACUGCUCCGCAAUUCGGUGGGAUAAAAUCUAGAUGAGCGCAAAAAAUAUAUCUUUAGUGACAUGUUGCAACCAAGGAUUGUGUAUGCCUUGAGGUUUUCCGCCAACUCCCUCUAGUUGCCACUAACUGGAAGGCUUUCCAUGCCUCUUUUCCUUGCCACACAGUGCACUGUCAAAUGCAUAAUCUCGAAGAAGUUCAUUAAUCCUUUAUAUUAGCUUCACUUAACCUUGGAAAUUUUCCACGGAGGUACUUGAAAACUGCUUGUCCAUGGCUUAGACAAAGUUCUUAAUCAGAUCCAGCUUGAUGUGUAUGGGUGGUAACAACAUUUUCCUUGAUUCAACAAGUGGUGGAUGCUGAACACUUUUCCUCCCAGGCUCCAAUGUAGUGGGAAUCUCUCGCACGUCUUCCAUUCGCAGAGAAAACAGCAGUACUUUGUGUAUCCAGUCUGUAGACCAAACAAGAGAACAUGUCAAUGUGAGAAGGUCCCCAGCCACCGGAGGUGGUGGGAAUUCUGUGCCUAGGCUGCCUCACAAACUAAGUUGCACUUGUGGUGAUUGUUACAUUGGGGAAACGAAACAACAUAUAUCGGAUGUAUUGGCGAGCACAAGGCAGCUAUAACGCUGUGAGCUCUCAUGAUAUUGUUUUUCCGAGACCAAGGUGCUCUGCAAACCGUCAGGAUACUAUCAAAGGUUUGUUCAUGAAGCCACCCAGAUAUAUAAACUUAGACAUAACUUCAACCGGGAAGAUAGAUACAAACUGAGCAAUCAUUGGAAGGACGUUAUUAACCAAGUAAAGUCUUAACUGAUUGUGAUGAUUCCAUCCUACCUGCCUGUUUCAGCUGUUAUUUCUGACUCUCCGAGUACAUCACCAGGCUAAACAUCUGUGUGGCAGCCAAGGCACAGGAUUCCCACCACCCCCGGUGGCUGGGGACUUUCUCACAUUGACAUGCUAAUCUCUCACAUUUACAUUUACGUACAAAUUCCUUCUCUAGCUCCGCACACUUACCCUUGGGUGAGGCAGCCUAGGCACAGGAUUCCCACCACCCCUGGUGUCUGGGGACUUUCUCACAUUGACAUGCUAAUCUCUCACAUUUACGUACAAAUUCCUUUUCUAGCUCCUCCCACUUACCAUUGGGUUGAGCCCACCAAAAUCUGAUAAAAACUCUUGUUGCAGCAGCUCUUUCUCCUAUGUCAGCAGUUCUGCUGUAUCUGUUCCACCUGAUGACGGUCGCUUGUGUUGCGAUCGAAACGUCGUGAUUUAAUUUAUUUUAUACCUACGUGACUUUACCGAAAGAACCAAAAUGUAUGGAUCCCUGCAGUCACGAAAACUUCAGAUCUAGAUAUAGCAACAACCUUCAAAUCGCCACAAAACUGCCACUGAUGUUGGUCAUAGUUUAUGGACCUCAAAAGUUGUUUCAUGUUGUUAUAGGUUUCCUUCAUAUGGACUGCAUGACCAACUGAAAUUGAUGGCAAAAAAGUUGCCAUUAUGCAGCAAAACAGCUUUAAGGCUCAUCUUCGAUUAAUCAAUUAACAGUCUCCACUCAACUGGAUCAUUAACGAUUUUGUGGGCUGCCAUCACACCGUCGAUAUUGUUGCAGGCUACAAGAUCACCUUCCAUGAAGAAGAAUGGGACAAGAUCCUUUUGACGGUCACGAACAUGGAAAACCUAACAUCACCUGCCAGGAGAUUCCAGUGUUGCAGUCUGGAGCCCAACAGCUCUGCCUUACUCUUGGGUAGUUCCAAAUCCCUGACAACGUCUUUCAGUUCACCUUGUGUUAUGAGGUGUGGUUAAGAAGAGGAGGAUGAGAUAAAAUCUGGGUCAUGUAACCUUGAUGGUUCAGGACCAGAUGUUUCAUCCUCUUCCUCACCUGACUCAAGUGGGAAUGAUUCUGGUGCAUCAGGAAUUGGCAGUCCUCCGUCUGGUACUGGGCGUAUCGCUGAUGAAAUGUUUGGAUAAUGCACAGUCCACUUUUUCUUCUUUGACACACCUAUCCCAACUUGAGACGCCAUACAGAAGUAACAAUUGCUGAUAUGAUCUGUUGGCUGUUUCCAAAUCAUUGGCACUGCAAAAGGCAUAGAUUUCCUAUUCAACCGCUGGCGAAGAUUUGUUGCACAGGUGUUGCAGCAUAUGUGUGGGGCUCCAUCUUGUCCUGAUCUCCAAUUUUGCAGCCAAAAUAAAGGUGAUUGGCUUUCUUAACCAUAGCGGUUAUACUGCGCUUUUGUGAUGGAAAAGUCACUUCACCACAAACACGGCAGAAGCUAUCUGCUUUGUUCACACAAGUACGAGGCAUCUCUGCUUACUUUGGCAAAACAAAAAUGUGUCCUGUGCACGAUUUUGUUCAGCAGAGUGAUGUAAGCCUAGUUAUGAUUGCAUCAUCCAUGACUUAUAGGAAUAACAUGAUGCAAUUCAUAUCAUGUAUGAUGCAAUACUAGUUUCAGAUUGCAUCAAUUAUUGUUUUGCUAAAAAAGCUAGUACUGUCCAAACCCAGUCAUAGAUUUAUUCAUAGAUCUAGUCAAAGAUGUAUUUUAGUCAUUUCUGGUUUAAAUUGAGGUCCCUUCCCUUUAUAACUCACUUAUCCUCCACCAUUCCCAAGUCAAGGGUCGUAUAAACGGGCCCAGUAGCAUAUCUUGAAAACUAAUGUGAAUCAACAAUUUAAGCAUCAUUUUCAUUCUCAGCGACCCAGAAUUAGUAAAGUUGGACUACGUUUAUUUCUCAAUUUAAAGCUUUCGUGACU